AUGAGCGGUCAUGUGAUGGAGCUGGAGGACCUCGUGAUAAAGAUGAAGCGCGCGAACUGCGGUCCAAGCGAAGAGGGCGUGUGCGCAGUAUUGUUGCGGAGUCUACCUUCAAGCUUCGAGAGCUUGGUACAGGCAUUCUGCAUGUCCGUCGCAAGCUCUAGUUUUAGUGACCUCGUAAGCAAGUUGAUCGCCGAAGAAGUGCGCCAGAAUGAGUCUUCACGGGUAGAAGAUGCAACGGCUCUCUACGCAGGCAAGAGGAAAGGUGAGCAGUACCCGAAGAAGCAACAAGGACGGCGCGCGAAAGGACCAUCAGAGACCUGCUACAACUGUGGCAAGGUCGGACACUACGCCAGAGGUUGUCGCUCCGGUCGAGGGCCAAGAGAGCAACAGCAUGACCAGUCGAAUGUCGCGUUCAAUGCCUGCGAAGGUGUCGCGAGCGACAGCUGGGUCAUGGACAGUGGCGCGUCAGCACGCAUGUGCAAGGAUCGAGGUGCGUUCGAAGAGUACGAAGAAGUUCGUCAUGCGCGAAGCAUUUCAAGCGCAAAGAGCGACGUGAAGCUGAAUGUCAUUGGACAUGGGACAGUGAAGCUACGCGUCUGGACAGGGCAUGCGUGGAUCGACGCUCGCUUUAAAAACACACUUCACGUUCAAGAUUUGUCCAAGAACCUUUUUUUCGCUCACGGCUGCGGUAGCGCGCGGCUUGACAGUGGAGAUAACGCGCAGCGAGUGCGUGGUCAAGCGUGGCGGCAAUACGUCGCAACAGGAAGGAUGCAGGGUUUCCUACUGUAUCUAACCUCUGAUUAUGGUUCGGCGUGCCACAUGGCCGAAGACGAUACAGAGCUAUGGCACAGAAGACUGGGUCACGUGUUGUAUGGUGUGCUGAAUGCCAUGGUUAAGGAUGGAAGGAUCAAGGGCGGAUCUGUGAAGACGAACGUUGCGUGUGACGUAUGCGCAACGUCAAAGCAAGUGCGCUAG